UAGCAUCGUGGUCGUGCCUGCCCUUCACAUCCGUCCACAUCCCGCUCGGCUCGACUCCCAAGCGCAGCAGCAACGAUGGCCCUGCUCAAGUCCAACAAGGUGUUUCAAUGUCUGGGGAACAUCACUCCGUCCCUUGGAGCUCUGUCCACCCGGAACAGCUCAUGGUGGGGUGGAGUUCAGAUGGGUCCCCCCGAUCCCAUCCUGGGGGUGACUGAGGCCUUUAAGAGGGACACCAACCCCAAGAAGAUGAACCUGGGUGUGGGAGCCUACAGGGAUGACCAGGGCAAGCCCUACGUGCUCAGCUGUGUCCGCAAGGCGGAGGCUUUGAUUUCAGCAAAACAGCUGGAUAAGGAGUACCUUCCUAUCGGUGGUUUGGGGGAUUUUUCCAAGGCCUGCGCCCAGCUCGCACUUGGUGCUGAUAAUGAGGUCUUGAAGAGUGGCAGGAGCAUCACCGUCCAGACCAUCUCAGGAACUGGAUCUCUGCGCAUUGGAGCCAACUUUUUGGCUCGAUUCCACGGAGGUCCUCAUGACGUGUACCUGCCCAAGCCCUCCUGGGGAAACCACACACCCAUCUUCAGAGACGCUGGCAUGCAGCUCAAAGCAUACCGAUACUACGACCCCUCCACCUGUGGCUUUGACUUCAAAGGAGCUCUCGAGGACAUCUCUAAAAUCCCAGAGCAGAGUGUGAUCUUGUUGCAUGCUUGCGCCCACAACCCCACUGGUGUAGACCCCAAACCUGAGCAGUGGAAAGAGAUUGCUGCCAUCGCAAAGAAGAGGAACCUGCUCGUGUUCUUUGACAUGGCUUACCAGGGCUUCGCCAGCGGAGACAUCGAUCGUGAUGCCUGGGCUGUGCGCUACUUCAUCGAACAGGGCCACAACAUCGUGCUGUCCCAGUCCUUUGCAAAGAACAUGGGUCUCUAUGGUGAGCGUGUGGGAGGCUUCACUGUGGUGUGUAAGGAUGCAGAUGAGGCAAAGAGAGUGGAGUCUCAACUGAAGAUCCUCAUCAGACCCAUUUACUCCAACCCACCGAUGAAUGGCGCCAGAAUUGCUACUACUAUUCUCAACACACCAGAACUGCGCUCCAUGUGGCUGGAGGAGGUUCACGGUAUGGCCAACCGCAUCAUCAAGAUGAGAGAACAGCUGGUGGCCGGUCUGAAAAAGGAGGGCUCCAGCCACAACUGGCAGCAUGUCAUUGACCAGAUCGGGAUGUUCUGCUUCACAGGCCUCAAACCCGAACAGGUUGAACGCCUGACAAAGGAGUUUUCCGUGUACAUGACCAAGGAUGGCAGAAUUUCCAUGGCAGGCGUGUCCUCUGGGAACGUUGGAUAUCUGGCACACGGCAUCCACGCCGUCACCAAGUAGAGCGGAUUCUGCUGGGAGAGCUACAAAAUCAAAGCAGCAGUGUCUAAGAGGAGCUCUAUGCAUCACUUGGUCUCCGUCUGCUCCAUUCCACCUCUAGAAAAAAAGCUCGAUAUUUAGUUAGACAUGUUCUUGAUCGGAAAUCAUCAUGACUUUGUCCCAGUUGGAACGAUUGCUGCUGUUAAAAAAUGGUUUAGUUUCCUGUUAUCUUUUCAAAAACAUCUCACUGAACAGGCUCCCCUGCCAAAUUGUUAAAUGUUUUCUCCCUCUACUGACUGAGCUGAUGUCUCAUCUUUGCUUAUUUAUUAUGUGGAAAAAAAAACAAAAAAAACCGUCAGCUGCUCUUUAUCUGCUGUGGGCCGACUCACUAUAAAACAUACAGGAACCAACACCGGGCUAAUGUUAGACUGUGCAUUAGUUUUAAGUGCAAGUUGAGAUCUCUGUCGCUAUGUGAAAGCUUGUAGAAAAUGUGAGUUCUUCUUUUCUUCUUAAUUUAAUUGAUGGAGUUGUAGCACUUUAUAUGCAGCGAGGCACUGUUUUGAGUUUCAAGAUUAGGCUGGCACUUAUCAUUGGGCUUUACUAUAAUAAGAGGCAUUUGUCAGUCAGGUAAUCAAUUCAUCAGGCUUAUCUGUCGGUCAUCUGAACUAAUCAAUCAUUCAGUAAUUUCUCUGUAUUAUCUCUGUUAGGAAUUUCCUGUCAAUCUCUCUUGUGUUCAACAGUUUUUCAUGAGUUGUGACUCUUUUUUUUUUUUUUGCUUUCAAUCCUGUUGCUCGCAGAGCAGCAGUUUCUCAGUCAGUCCUUUUAACUCCUGACACAAACAACACAAUAAACUCAAUACAGAGAAGUGAUCAAUAUGUUGUAUGAAUUCCACCAUGGAGAAUUCUUUUCAUAUUCUACUGUAGGCCCAAAUCAAAUGUCCCAUUAUUUUAUUUUCGUAAUGGAGGCUUUGUAUUUGAUAUCAGUACCAAUGUCUCAGUGUGGGCUUAUUAAAGAUGAGUGGGGCACCUGAUUGGGGCGCACACUGGACGAUUCUUGAAAGCACACGCUGCUCGAGACGGGAACUCGGGCAUCAUGGUUCAAUGUAUGAGUCUGUUUAACAUUAAGACUGUGAGGCACUGAUGGCAUUUGGAAAUGUGCUCUGAUCAUAUUUCUGGAACUUCACCUCCAUGUUCUGCAUUCUGAAUAAAUAAUGGAUCAUUGGUCAUGUACGUAUUGAACAAACAAUAAAUCAUUAUAGAGUAA